CAUUAAAGGGAACUUGUAAACAAAAGGAAACUCCAUCACCUCCUUUGGUUCUCUCUUGUACACCAUUCCUGAGAACAAACAAGCCACUCCUGUUCAUCUUCCUGGAAAAAUUAAGAUCAAUCUUCAAUGGAAGCUUCAGGCAAGAUUCUCAGAAGAUCCAUUCAUGGCUUCCUGCAAAAUUACCAUUACUUCACUUCAACCUCGGCUUUUCUUGCCUUCCCUUUCUCUGCUUCAGUCCUCCUCUUGCAGGCUUUGAUCUCUUCUUCUUCUGUAUCUCUUCUUCCCCAGAUUUAUAAUCGUUUGAGGAUUCUCUUUGAAGCUGCAGGCUUUCCAUCCUCCUCACAGUUGCUCACAAUUCUCAACCUUAAGGUCUCUCAGACAAUCAUUUCCUCCAUCUUCACCCUCCCUUUUACCCUUACCUUCUUCCUCUUUGCCAAAGCUUCUGUGAUUCAAGCUCUGAAUCAUCAUAAGCUUGCGGUUGAACCUUCGUUUUCUUCUAUAGCAUCUCUUUACAAGGCACUCCUCAACACCUACGUUUUGAAUUCAUUCUUGAUUGUCUCAGCAAAUGCUUCGGCUUUCUGCCUUCUGUUUUUGGCCUUUGGAUUUGUUGAAGGGCUGGGAUUUUCGCCUUCUCCAAGCUUCCUCCUUUUCCUUUCAGCUUCUGGGGUGGUUCUGUUUUCUGUGAUCCUGGCAAAUGCUCUUGUGAUAUGCAAUAUGGCGUUGGCUGUGUCAGGCUUGGAGGGACAUGGAGGGUAUUUAACUAUUCUGAAAGCUUGUGUUUUGAUAAGGGGAAGGACAUCAAUGGCUCUGUUCUUGGCUCUUCCUGUGAAUGUGGCUUUGGCUGCCAUUGAAGCUCUGUUUCAGUUCAGAAUUGUGAGGGCCUAUCACAAUGUUGGAAAAGCAGGGCCUUUUCUGGCUUUAGAGGGGAUUUUCAUUGCUUAUUUGUAUUCCAUCUUCAUUGUUCUUGAUACAAUUAUUAGCUGCAUGUUUUACAAAAGCUGCGUGACACAGUCAUGGAUCGUUGAUCGAGAAGACAGAGAGGAGAAGAACUUCGAGCAAAUACCGUAAGAUAAAAGAAUUGGUUUUUCUAGCGAAGAAAGAUGGGUUAGAGCUUUGUACAAUACAAUGAAUAAGAGA